UCACUCAUUCAUAUUUCGACCGCCCGUUUUUUGGUCUCUCAUCGCGGAGAGCAGAAUUCAAAGAGCCGUACAAAAGAAGACACACCGACGCCAACAAUUCGGAUAUCAUGAGUUGGAAUUGCCUUUUGCCGAUUUUCGUCGGAUUCUUUGUGCUUUUUUAUGAAGGACAGUGCCAACCAGCUAGAUGGACUCAACAACCGGGUGGCCAGAACCCCCAGCCAGGUGCAAGUUUCCCACCCAACAUGAACCCUGUCACAAACGGACCAGGAUCUUGGACACAAAAGCCUGGAGGAUACAACAAUGGGCCAGGAUCCGGAAGUUUCAAAUCAACUAAGCCACCACGAGGACUCGUCUACUAUCAGCCCAAGAACUAUCCAUACAAGCCUGGAAAAGGUGGAAAAUAUAUGCAUGCGGACCCUAUCCUCCCCAACGCAAAUGAACGACUUUCGGCUCAAAGCGACCAGUACACCGUAUCCGACGGAAUUACGGGAGACUGGAGCAAGAUUGUGGCAAACAGUAAAGGAUUCUAUGUGCUUCAUCCGGUGCAGACAAAAAGCGAGGAGGACAUUUUCGAUCCGUACACUAUUGGUCAAGUCAUUGGGUACCUUUAUGAGGUUCAAGAAUUUGGAGGAAAGAAGCCGCCAAGUGGAAAGUACACGAUUGAGCUGAUGGGCAAAAAGAUUCCGGACCAUUUGAAGAAGAAGCGCUCACUGUUUGGCUCUCCGGACCGUACUCGUCGUGCUACGUUGGUUUUCAAGAAGAAGGAGCAGGUUAAGAGCACUUUGUAGUUUGUAGUGAAAAAUAAAUUUGUUUCUGCAUG